UCAGUGAGAGCAAAGAUGGCGAAUGAGCUGGACCGAGUACGAAUAUCUGCUGCGGAACUCAGAGCUUCAACGUCGAGUUCAGUCGAUAUUAUUGAAUCUCAGAAAGCAGAGAAGCAAGAUGAGCAUCUAGUAAACAAGCAGCAUAGGAAGUGUGAAGCAAAACGCCCUGAACUGCAGCGCUACCAGCCGGUAGCUGGAAAUGGACGGUGUCCCUGUGACAGUGAAGAGGGAGAAACUGGUCAAAGUGAGCCCCUUGCUGCUGAUUCACAUGCUCAUGGUCAACCAUCACAGAGUAAGAAAAGGGUGGUUUUAGAGAGACAGUGGUGCACAGAUGAUGACAUCAACAAAAAGGAAGAAGACCGGAUGACAGGUGAUGGUAGUAACACGCAGAACUAUCGAAAGGGCCUUCAAUCACAGUCUAAAUCAGAAGCAAACAAAGAGAAAGUCUUUGCUGAAAAUGACAGCGAACACCAUGAAGCUGCUGGAGCUGCUAAGCCAACACGGAAAACCCGCAAACCAGAUCGAGAAUUUUAUCAACCUGGGAGCCGGAGGAGCAACCAGGGAAAGGAUUCUGGAGUUGGAGAAGAGCAGGAUAUGCCUACUCCCAGCCAGAAUAAGCUGAAAACUGAGCCAGAAUCCCAGUUGAGUACAGGGGAAAGGCAGGGGAACAAAACAACAUCCAUACAGAAGCAGGAAGGGAAAGCUAAAGAAGUAAAAGUUCAACAUGAAUACAUAAAAUCAAAAUCCAGUGAAACAAACCGAAAGCAUGGAGUCCAAGAUGUGGAAAAAACACCAUUACCUUCUAAUGAUUCAGUUGAGAAAAUGACAAGUAAAGUAGAACAACUCUGUGUGAAAGAAAGGGGCAACGUGGGAUGUGAAAGCCAAGCCAUUGAAUACUUAAGUUGCGGGAGAGGGGAAGCAAUUGAUAAAGAAAGGAGAGACCAAGGGGGAGGAACAAAAGAGAUGGACGGAAAGGUAGAGAAGAGGGAAAGGGGAAACCGCAGAAGAAGAGGAGGGGAUAAGGAAAAAGAGAGGAAUCAGGAUUUCAGAAGAAGAGAAGAUGAACCAGGUGGUGGAGGAAAGCCUGACCAGGGGAAAGCUGAGAAGGAAAGAGACAAGAGAGCAGCAGAAGCAUAUAGGGAUAACAAAGCUGUGAAGACAGGAGACACGCAACACAGCAAAGGAAGAGAGAAUCGCAGAGAAAGCAGAAGAGGAGACAACAACAACCAAUCCAGAGUCGCUGAGAAAGAUGCUAAGACAGAAAGAAAUGCAGACAUGGCUGUUGAGAGAGGCGAUAGAAACAAAUCCAAUGCAAACAUCACAAUGCCAACCUCAAAACGCUAUUCCAAAUCAGAUAUUCGGCGCUCACGGAAUCGGACUUACAGCAGUAGCUCAGCUAGCAGUGUGACCAGCCUGGAUGGUCCUCGACGAGGGAUGGAUGUGGAGGGUAUGAAGAGUACCCGCUUGCAGCCUAUGCACAAUAACAAGGAGGGCAUGGCUAAUAGCGGAGAAGGACAAAGGAGUCAUUUACAAAGCUGGGCAGCCAAUGGGGAAUCAUCUACAGAAUCACCGGAAGGGAGUGAAAUGAGUGACAUAGCAGAAGAUAGAAGGAGGAGAAGAGGUGGGCGAGAAGAACUAAGUACCGAGAGGCGGAGGGUAGAAAGCAACAUACCGAAAGGUGGCGGUCGGGGAAUCCUUCGGGUUUCUCUAGAAAAAACGUCCCGCGCCGCGUCACAUAGCGGGAUGUCACAACAACGCAAGCCCGUCUUGGUUCCUCGUGGCAGAGGUGGGGGUAUCCUGGUGCUUCCAGCUCGCACAGACAUCUCCAAUUCACCUGAGGUUGGGCAACGUCUUCUUUUUGGUGGAAUUAGGGGGGGAGGAGCUUGCAGGAGUAGAGGAGGCAGAGGAGGAGUGAGACGACUCUGGGAUCCAAAUAACCCCGACCAGAAACCUGCUCUUACCAGCACCCAAUCCGCACAGCAUUUAUCUCUCCAACAGCCUAUAUAUCUUCAGACAGGGACAGGAUAUGGUCAACUUCACUUUCUGGACACAGACGAUGAGGUAGCAGGCAGUCCUCCGGUCCCGCAGGGUGAGCACUUUCGAGCCCAGCAAGCUGCUGCCAUGGCUUAUUACAAAUUCCAAAACUCUGACAACCCCUACUGCUACCCCAUGUCCACCAGCAACUCGCAUAGUCCUGGCAAUACCACCAACCAACGCUAUCCAUAUCCUUAUCAUAUGGCGCCCUACCAAAUGGCUCCCCUGAAUGAUAUGUACCCAGGUCCUGGUGUUGGUCAGUUCUGUGGGAGUUAUAGGGCAGCAGGUUAUUCCCAGCCUGGUGCAGGAGGUAGUUUGACAUUUGAAGAGGCGGAGCAACAAGCCAGAGGAGAGCUGGGGAGGCUGCUGAGGGCUGCAGAUGCACAGGAGCUACAGCUCAGUAACCUGCUGUCCAGAGACAGAGUGAGUGCUGAUGGACUGGAUCGCAUGUCCCAGCUCAGAGCUGACCUUUUGGGGCUAUAUGAGCAGAUCAUCCUGACAGACAUCGACUUCUCCGACUCUCAGAACGUGGAUCAGUCUUUGUGGAAGAAUGUUUUUUACCAGGUCAUAGAGCGCUUCCGCCAGCUACUUAAAGACCCCACAUGUGACGACACCCCUCAUUUCAGAAACAUGCUGCUUACGCUGCUUGAUGAGGGGGCGCUAUUCUUUGAUGGGCUGCUUCAGAAGCUACAGACAGUGUACCAGUUUAAAUUAGAGGAUUACAUGGAUGGCAUAGCUAUCAGGGCUCGACCAUUACGUAAAACGGUGAAGUAUGCUCUUAUUAGUGCACAGCGUUGCAUGAUUUGCCAAGGAGAUAUAGCACGUUAUCGGGAACAAACAAGUGACUCGGCCAACUAUGGCAAAGCUCGCAGCUGGUACCUGAAAGCCCAGCAGAUUGCCCCCAAAAAUGGACGACCAUAUAAUCAGCUGGCCCUGCUGGCAGUCUAUACAAAGCGAAAGUUGGAUGCUGUGUAUUAUUACAUGCGCAGCUUGGCAGCAUCCAACGCCAUCCUGACUGCAAAGGAAAGCCUAAUGAGUCUGUUUGAGGAAGCUAAGCGCAAGGAAGAGCAGCUUGAGCGAAGGAGGAGGCAGGAGCAUGAAGGAGGCUCCAGGGGGCCGGCAGUAAGAGGAAGAGGAAGAGGGGAAGAUGGAGCACGUGUGGAAAUUUGGAGUCGCACCAGCAGACAAGCGGCAACCCCAUCCUCUCAGAGAGGAGGUAGUGAAUCCAGCAGAGACUCUGAACAGGAUGGGGAGCUGGGAAGUCUAAGCGCUAGUGAUCUGAAUAAGAGAUUCAUUCUGAGUUUCCUGCAUGCACAUGGAAAGCUCUUCACUAAAGUGGGCAUGGAAUCUUUCCCUAGAGUGGCGAGCCGUGUUCUGCAGGAGUUCAAGACUCUGCUCCACCAUGGCCCCUCCCUACUGGGCUUCACACACUUGCUGCAGAUCAUCACCAUCAACAUGUUCACCAUACACAAUAUCCACAGCAGAGGUGAAGAAGGAGAAGUGCGGUCCGUUUUACAAGAGCAAAGCACUUCUCUGGGCCUCGGCAUGUUCGCACUACUGGUGCAGCGCUGCACAGAGCUGCUCAGGGAUACUCCUGCAGAACCAGUCCCCAUGGCAGAUGGAGAGGAGGAGGGCAAAGGGAAGGAGCUGGAGGGUAUGUUGCGGGUCUCUGCCUUUCCAUUGGACCUCAGAGAACUACUGCCAAGUAUCAAGGUCUGGUCUGACUGGAUGUUGGGGCAACCAGACCAGUGGAACCCACCACCCUGCAAUAUAGAUUUUUCCUCUCCAUCAAGUUGCAGCCCUGAUGUUUGGCAGUGCCUGGCUGACCUCUGUAACAUGCUGGCACGUGUAGACCAUGAGGAAGUGCCGCUGUACAAAGUCGACACUGAAGAAGUUGAGGGAGACGAGGAGUUGACUGUGCUGCAAUUGAAGGAGGACCGCCUGCUUGCUGGCUUUGUCCCACUGCUUGCUGCACCACAAGAGCCUUGUUACACAGACAAACACACUGACAUGGCAAUAGCAGCAGACUGUAAGAGAGUGACGGUGCUGAAGUACUUUCUGGAGGCUUUGUGUGGACAAGAAGAGCCUCUGUUGGCCUUCAAGGGAGGCAAAUACAUCUCUGUGGCAACUUCUCCACCUAACCACUCAAUAGAUACAAGGAGCAGGCAGGAUUCUCUAACGGAGAAAGAGGCUGAUGUCAUAGUCGAGGCAGAGUCGUCUCUCUCCGCAUCAGAAGUAGAGGACGAGGCGGGAGACGGUGAGAAUGACAUAAGACAGCUGAAGGCGCGACGUCACGCCCUCACAAACAAACUGGCACAGCAACAGAAGCGCAGGGAUAAAAUACAGGCGGUGCUGCAGACAGGUGGGCAGUUGGAGCUGGAAGUGAGGCCUCUCUUUUUGGUUCCAGAUACCAAUGGAUUCAUUGAUCACUUGGGCGGGUUGAAGAAACUCCUUCAGUGUGGAACAUACAUAAUAGUUGUGCCACUUAUCGUGAUUACAGAGUUGGAUGGCUUGGCUAAAGGCCAGGACAACUUCGGGGGAGGAGUGGGGUCAGGAGGACGGAGCACUGGCGGUCGUGGCAACUAUAAUGUUACUGCUGCCCAUGUGCGGGCCGUGCAGGAGAAGGCCCGGUUGGCAGUGGCGUUCCUGGAGAAAGGAUUUGAAGCCAGGGAGCCGUACCUUAGGGCCUUGACGAGCAGAGGAAAUCAGCUUGAAUCUAUUGCCUUCCGCAGUGAAGACACCUCUGGACAGCAGGGUACCAACGAUGAUGUGAUUCUGUCCUGCUGCCUCCACUACUGCAAAGACAAGGCAAAGGAUUUCAUGCCUGGUCAGAGAAAUGGGACAGUGAGGCUACAAAGAGAGGUGGUACUCCUUACAGAUGACCGUAACCUGCGUGUCAAAGCAUUGACCCGCAACGUCCCAGUGCGAGACAUCCCUGCUUUCCUUAGCUGGGCCAAAGUGGGCUGAACCAGGCUAAACUGGAGUCAAAGGAACCCAACUGCUGAAGCCUGCUUGCCACUCAGCCACGAGAGAAGACACACUUGAGCAGAGAAAGAAGUAGAGGAGAUAACAGGGGAGAGGAAAUGAUAAAGAAAGCCACUUCAUAUGAAAGCAAAAGCAAUAAAAGCCGGGUGGUUUCACUGAGCGUUUCCCCCUUGUGAUGAAGUGUGCGUGUGUGUAUGCAUGUGUUAAGAUCAGUGGGCUUCCCCAGAAAGAGUCAGGGAGACUUGACAAGUCUCAGGAAGGCUGGACUGGAAGGAGGGAUGAAAGAGGCGAGUGGUUGGAUUUGUUAGUUGUCUGGUCCAGCCUUGAGCAUCUGCGCCUAGUUGGUGAGUGUGUCCUCUGCAAGCAGUGUGAAAAUAUGAGUCUGGUGAUGAGAAUGAGACAGAAAGAAGAGUGUUUAUGGUCAUGUAAUUGAUUCAGGACAACAGCAAUGAAGGCCAUAACUCUUCCACACUUCUCAUCGGGCCCAGUCGCAUAGAGUGCUUUGGCCUCUACAGCAGAGCUGAGAUAACAGUAGGUGGAGAGAAGCACAGCUGGAGGGUCUUUGUCAGCACAGUAAAAAGUGUCUGAUUGUAGUCUGGGUUAGUUGAGCCCUUGUCCAACUUCAACACCUCCAAGUUAUCGCAUGCAGGUAUGGUAUUUCCUGCUAACUCAGGAAGUGUUUAAUGCCUGUUUGGUAACUUGGUUUGUUCCUCCAGCUUGAUGCUGAUAUUAAGUAAGGACACAUGUUACAAGGACAUGUUUUGAUAAAGUCUACAACAACAAAAAACAUUGAUUCUUAAUAAAAUACUUAAUUUUUGUUUUUACUUGUUUUUGAUCUCAUGUGUAAGGAGUUUCUUUGUUCUCCAUCGGGGGCCAUUUCUCCAUUUUGUUGACAUUUGCAAACAUUUCUCAAAACAACCCUGAUUUUAUGUUUUUUUGUUGUGAAUGUAUUUGUGAAUAAUCUGUUUCUGGUUUUGAGCAGUAUAACAAAUAUGUAAUAUUUGAUAUAGCAAGACUACUCUGUUGGUUUGGAGUGAGUUUUCAGUUGCCGAAUAUUGUUUUAUAUUGACUAUCUUUAUGGAAUUUAGCCCUUUUGAACAAAAGUCCACCCAUGUAUCAUUUAAAACAAAACAAAACAAUAUGAAGGAAAAAAAAGUGCAAAUACUGUUGGACCCAGUUCUGCCUUGGAUGUUAGAAGAAGGCGUGGUCCCUGAAAUUGACGGUUCUAUUAUCGAGUACCAUUUGUGUCUAGUUUGCUUUAUUUUCUAUUCAGCUUUACACUCAGUCAUGUUGUGCUUUUCAGUUCAUACUUUUUGAUAAAAUGUUUUUAAUCACCAAUAUUUUCCUCCUCAGUGUGUGAUUUUCCGCAGCUUUGAGCAUCGUAGGUCAUAUAAGUCAUAUACUCACUUUUCUUUAAUUAAAAUAAGAUACAUGAGGCAUACAACCGCAAAUUAUAGCAUGUAGAAUUUCCAGUGUGUGUUUCUAUGUGCAUAUGAGAUGAUGUCUGGAUGCCCAAAAUACAUGUAAUCUACACCCAUGUUCUAUUAUGUCGCAUCAUACACAACUCAUUCACUCGUCACUGUUUGAUCAUAUGGAUUUAGAUUUAGGAUAAUACUGUAUGUAGAAGUGGCUACCUUGCUUUGUAUGUGUCUUGUUCCUUUUUCAGCUACAAUUUAUGUCAGGAGUAUUUGUGACAACCGUGCGACAAGUUUAUUAGUUUUUACCCUCUGUUCUGGUGUUCAGUGGCUUUGCUUCAGUGUUGGUGCAAAUGUAGUCCAUAUAUAUAUAGUCAAUUUAACACGUAUUACUUAUUCAUCAUCCAUCAAUAAAAACAAUUUUACGGCA